AUUUUUUGAAGUAUUGAGAGAGACAGUAAAAUUUCAAACAUGGCGCCACCCAAGACAAAGUUUGCUGAAGGGGAGAGAGUUCUUUGUUUUCAUGGACCACUGCUGUAUGAAGCAAAAUGUGUAAAAGCAGUGGUCAAAGAUAAAACAGUCAAGUACUACAUUCAUUAUAAUGGCUGGAAUAAAAACUGGGACGAAUGGGUUCCAGAGAGUCGAGCGCUCAAAUUCAACGAAGCCAACCUACAGAAACAAAAAGAACUUUUCCAGGCCCAUCAAGCAAAAGCCAAGCGAGCUCGAGCCCAGAAGAAGUCAGACAAGCCCAAGGAGGUGGAUAAAGAGAAGGAGAAAGACAGAGAGAAGGAAAGGGAGCGAGCCCCAACGCCCUCGGCAGAGAAACCUCCCACUAAGAGGACCAAAACUGAGACAGCCGCAACUGCCGUGGAGUCUGUCAGUAGCACACCAACACCAGAGCCACCCAGGAAGAAAAGGGCACGGGUUGAUGCCACUGUGGAGAACGAGGAAUCUUUUGUGAACAAGGUGGAGAUCAAGGUCAAGAUUCAUGACGAGCUGAAGCCGAUCUUGGUGGAUGACUGGGACCUCAUCACAAGACAGAAGAUGUUGCUUCAUUUACCUGCCAAGAAUACUGUGGACUCGAUCCUGGAUGACUACGUCAAGCACAAGAAGUCAAAGAAAGAUAUCACACCAUCCAAAGAGAGUGCCAUUGUGGAGGUAACCCAGGGCUUGAGGGAGUACUUUAACGUCAUGCUGGGCACACAGCUGCUGUAUAAAUAUGAGAGACCUCAGUACGCCGAGAUCCUGGCAAGUAGACCUGAUGAACCUCUGAGUAAAAUCUACGGGGCGCACCACUUUCUCAGAUUAUUCGUGAAGCUGGGCAGUCUGUUGGCCUACACCCCGCUGGACGAGAAGAGCGUGCAGCUUCUCCUGACCCACCUGCAAGACUUCAUGAAGUACCUGCACAAGAACUCCUCCACCCUCUUCAGCACCAGCGACUACGAGACGGCGCCACCAGAGUACCACCGCAAGGCCCUCUGAAGAUGCGAUUGAUGGAGUCGGUGCUGUUCAUUCAUCCCCACCUGCUUUCGUCGGCCUGCGCGACAUAAUUUCUUCAACUCCUCAUAAAUUAAUGUGAGCAGUAAUGGGGGUCAACCGUUUCUUGUUCACCAUGAAACGUGCACAGAAUGGACUUACACUAAGGUAGUCAAUUACCCACAAGGCUCUGUAACACCUGUACUUUACACAUUUCUGUGGAGGGCAUAAAGCCCUUUCCUUCACCCUGUUAGGUGCUGGUGACAAGUGAAUCUAUGUUGCUGUAUACAGCUUUGCUGGGGUCGUAUUGAAUGGGGCUAAUUCCUUCCUGGUCGAAGGUCAACGAAAAAGUCCCUACAGUGUCGAAGUCUGUUCAGAAAGUUCAGAGGGAGGAAAGUAGAUCUAAAUCCCGCAACUAAUCCAAGCCUGACUGAGCCUGACUAUAGCCUUGAGGAUCGGGAAUUUAGCCCAUUUUUUAAUACCAUAAUGAUGCCAUUCUUGGAUGAUGGGAACAGUCUUGCCAGGCCCAGGUGUAGGUCCAGGUAUGGGAUGUUUCCGAAUCCCAGCAUCAUCUCAGGAUGUGGCUUCUUGCCUUUUAUUUUCCUGAACUUUGUUUUCCAAAAGAAAGCCACCUGUUUCAAUGCAGUUUCUUUAUUUUUUGUUGCAGAAAUGUUCAAUAGUCUAAUGUAGGAACAAAGUUUGGAGAUUUUUUACUGUGUUCCUGAAAUGUUGAAAAUUAAUUUAAAGCCAAAAUUGAGGCCAGAGUAGGAGAUGAAGCCCAAAUUUAAAAAAUGGCUUCAAGCUCCCCCCCCAAAAAAAAUCAACACCAGAAGGGGCUGUUGUUUAAAUUGAAGUCAGAACUUGAACUUUUCACUGGUAUGGAUUCAAGCUUUCCCUUUUUUACCGAUUUGGCUAGGACUUUGAUCCAAAAUUACUGUCAAUUCUGAAAUGUGGAUGAAAAUGAGCAAUCACAUUCACUCUACAAUGAUUGAGGUUGCUAAUUUGUCACAGGGAGGUGUCUUUUUUUUGGCCAUUGUACACACCAGUCAACUCGAGCAAAACAUCAGACUUGAACAUGUCCCUUUGGAAGGGAAAUUGGCAAAUCUUUGCAUUUCAUUUCUAAUCUUUGUACAGAUUUGUAAAUUUUUUAAUCAUUGUACUCCUAGAAACUGAAUUUCAGAGUUGGGAAAUAUCCUCCUUCGUCUUAAAUACUUUAUACCAUCUUCAGAAGUAGCCUCAAGAAUUUUUAUUCUCCUUUUGCAAAUGCACAGUUUGUAAAUGACGCCAUGUUUGUGAUGGAGAAGUGUCGUCUUGCUAGUUGUGUGAAGGACCAAUUACUGCUUUGCAAAGAAGGUUGGUUACUGAAGGAUGUUGUGCACCUUCUCAAAGAUUCAGACUUAAGAAAAUCGCAGGUUUUGAAUGCAUUUAGAUGCAAUUGGGCUAGCUCAGAAUCAUGAAGGUAUUAUGAAAGUGUUUAUGUUAACACCAGAGUUGAAGGCGAUUGUAUUCUCCCCCGUGUUGCCAAAAGUAGGUUGUGCCCCGACAUAUUAAAUUCAAUGAAUUGACACCUCUAGGGCGAGGGUAAAACCAAGAUAUUCAGCUCUCCAU